AUGAGCGAGUCUGCCUCUCACCAUAGAUUGCCGGAGCCUGAAAGGUCUCCGUCAAAAACCCGACAGUCUGGACAAGGCGACGCUCCACCAAGAAAGAAAAGACGGCGACAAAUUAACUCGUGCGCCGAAUGCCGGCGACGCAGGUCUCGCUGUGACCGCAGACUUCCGUGUGGGGAAUGCACGAAGAAUAAAUGUUCAUGCCACUACAUAGACGACUUGGAUACGCCCACGACCCAACAGCCGAGAGACCCAAGCGAAAAGAAUGUAUCGUUUCCCUCAACAGUCCCGUCAAUAUCGCAAGAAUUGCCUUUGCCAGACCCUCCGAGUCUCACUCCGGCACUGGAGGACUUAACUGCACGUGUUAGCAAAGUGGAAAGUCUUUUGAACACCUACCUGCCACUCCUGUCAAGCCAGAAUGCCACUGAACCACUGCCCCAAACGCAACCUACACACCCCCAACCGCAAUACCGUCCAGCAAAUACCAGCAUUACAGCAUCCCCUUCUAAUGUGCCCAUCAAGAUCCCCAAGAUAUUCGAGGCAGAAGGCUAUCUAAGAGGGAAGAAUGGGCGUAAGACUGAAUUCGUCUCCAGCCGGCAUUGGACGGGCUUAAUUUAUCUAUUCCCAGAAAUCUAUUUGCUCCGGCAUCGACCUAACAGUCACCCCAUCUGCUAUAUGAUCAAUCAAGUGUUCAUGGGCAUCCGAGAACGUGCCAAGAAGCAGAAACCCGAGCCGUUAUCAUCAUUAGUCCCUUCAUUAUCACUCGAUACUGCGCUUCGUGCUAUUAUCCCUUCCAAGACAGUUGCCAGCGCUCUGCUAGAUGCCUACUUUGAGAACUUCGAGAAGAUACACCGUGUGAUCCAUAUUCCAUCUUUCAAAGAGGAGUUCGAAGCCUUUUGGCGCUCCCCAGGGUCAUUGAGCCUUUCCUGGGUCGCAAAUUUAGUCAUCAUUCUUCGCCUCGGGCUGCUCGCGCACCCCAAUCCUGAAAGCAUUUCAAAAGAUGUCUCUCCAGAAUGGCUUCGAUACAUAGAAUCUCAGGGUUUACAGCUGGCUGAGCUGUUCUCACACUGCAGAUCAUCAGAGGGUCGACCGUCCCUUGAUCAUGUUCAAACACAAUGCUUGCUUGUCGUGGCUCGCAUCACCGAUGGAUCAAAGGCAACGGUUGCCUGGAAGCUAGCGGGACAACUGGUGCAAACCUGCCUUAUCAUGGGGUUUCAUCGGGAGUCAGAAUUGGUCGGCGGGCAUAUGUCCAUCUUUGACGCCGAAAUGCGCAGGAGAUUGUGGACAACAGCCCUAGAGCUGUAUCUACAUGUCUCAAGACAUGCCAGCGUGCAAGAGCCAUUUCUUCAAGCCCAAUACAAUAUACGCCGCCCAUUAGAUAUCAACGAUCGAGACCUGUCGGCUAAUAUGACACGUUUACCAACGCCUGAUGUUAAAGUAUCUGCCACCGAUACGUCCCUCCAGCAUGCAGUAUCAGAAUCAUUAGGACUACGCCUGCGCUUGGCCAAUUCAAAGCAUAAUGACAUCGGACUAGCAGAAUUACCAGGAGAGCACUGCGCAUCCUGUGGUCUACGCAAUCGACUUCUUUCAAAAGCCCCACACGGACUAUCAAAUCGUCAAUUCUUCGAUCAAGGCACUUAUGAUCAGCGUCAGCACGCUAUGACAUGUCUCACUCACCAAAGCGCAUUUCUUCAUUACAUAUUAGCAGAUCUUUUCAAAUCAGACCUUCAUCCUAAGGAACAGGUUCUGGACACUUGUCGCUCAAUUCUCAGCCUCUACCAGCACCCGGACCUCUCUCCAGUACAACGAUUCAUUAUUGGGCGCUGGUAUCGAAAUGACAUCCUGACCUCUGUUAUCUGCUUAUGCUUGACGUUGAAGGUGGCUCAGCCCGAUGACCCUGACACAUAUGUCAUACCACCGACUCGAGACCUUUGUCUGGUGCAGCAAUAUUUUAAAUUAGUCGAGGAUACCCUUUAUAUUCUCUCAAUGAGACGGGAACAAAACCAAAAUGAGAUGGAGGAGCAUGUACUUCUUGUACUGCUGUUUGCUAUCGUGAAAUCAAAGGGUGUAGAAACAGAUAUUCCAGGUCAAUUACAAGAGUGUUUGGGAAAGUUCGGGCUUCCGGUCUCGCCACCACCCUGUAAUAAUACUUUGGAAGGAACAAGCGAUAGCUUGGCUUCAGGGCCUAACGUGGAGACAUUUGCCCCGACGCCCAAAAGCUUCUCGUCUGCGGACAUGGACAUGGUCUUCGAUAUUGAUUUAUUCAUGUCCGAAUUCGCUCUGGACAUUCCGUUCUAA